AUGAAAAUUUUAUGCAGUUUAAUGAUGAUAAUGAUUCUCCGGCAGGCUAUCGCCGGAAUCGUUAGGAAACCGCCGGCUUUUUCAACACCAGUAUAUUCGAAUUCGUAUCUCCCCGCUGCUAUGCAGGUAAUUUUUCACGCAGUUGAGCAACUGAAGCAGCUCCAAGCGGAAGAAUUAUUGCAGUUAGAAUUAGUAGUUUCCUCGUCGACAUCGACGACCCAAUCGAUGAAGGCACAGCAACCGCAAUCGACGACACCCGAGGGAAUUUCUAUAAUUUCAACAGCUACGACCACGAAAAUGCGUGAUAAGAAGACUGAAACUCCCACUAUACCAACUUCGACUUUGGCAAGUGAGAUAUCGAGUCAAGAUUCAUCCAAAAUUUACGAUAAUUCUACAGAAGUCGCUCAACGCUUGGGAACUUCGACUGCGAGCGUUGUAUCUGAUCACAAAGAGACACCAGAAGUGAAUCAAGAGACAACUGAAACAAAUUAUGAAUUAGCAGCAACGCCAGAAACGAAUCAUGAAUCACCGGAGCCUGUACAGGAGAUCCCGGAAUCGAAUCAGGAAGUCCCAGAGGAGAAUGAAGAAUCCUCAAAUGCUGAACGUUCUUUUGGCAAAGUAUCAACCCAAACCCAAAUGCAGCAACAAUCGAUACAGGCUUCUGUUAUACAAGUGUUGGAUAAUCAGAAACCGAAGAAACCUACCAUCGACAGCGUCGUGGAUGAAAUUCACAGAAUCGUGAAGACAACCACAUCCUUCUUUAGCGACGAAUCGGAUGACACCGACGAGUCGAAAAGUGUGGAAACAUCGAUCGAAAAGUCAGAAAAAAUUGAGGAAGAAGAAGAAGAAACAAGGUUUUGUUUACUCGGCGAAAGAGUCGCUCAAGUACCGCGUCCAAGUUUGAAUCAUUAUUUAAGGCGUACUAAACUACCGCCUAGACGAUCUCUUCAGCAACUGGCGAAUCUUUAUGACUCCCUCAGUAAAGACGCGCGGAAGCAAGGAUUCGCGCGCUUUGCUGGCUACACGGACGAAGUUUUAAAGAUUUUGCACUCAUCCGCCGAGGGUGGCAUCAGACCGCAGCUGAAGCAGCUGCUAGAGAAGGUGGUAGAGAAGAACGAGCUCACUAGAGACGAUGCAAAGUUGAAAACGUCGCAAGCAUUGCGUGAUCUCGACAAUCCUGCCAGCGCGCUCAGCAUGGAUCUAAGACGUCUAUUACCGUUGCGUUAUACGCUUUAAUUCUUUAAGAGAGUUGCAACAAUUUUAGAAUUUUAAAAUUUUAGAAUUUUUA